AUAUAGUUCUUUCUCUUAUAGCAACAACAGAACAGCAAAACAAAAUAAUAGUGGAAAUGUUAGCAGAGCACAAAUUACAGCUGCAAACCCUCAAUAAGUCCCAGAAAAAUGUUACUUCCCUGUCAAGCAAAUUUCCCCUCAAAUCCGAAGAAGAUCUCCAAAAAGUUGAGAGUGAAAUAUGCGAUUCGAAUGAAGAAAAAUAUAUAUCUGCUGUAAAGUAUUUAAUCGAUGGCAGCGCAAUAAAAAAUUUGGAACGCAUUUUUUCCCGGGAGAUUUGCGUAAUGUACAAUACGGAUGGUAUUUGUGGGAAAAAAUGUUUGAAGAAUUUUAAAAGAAUAUAUAAAAUUGUUAUUGGUAACUGCAAUAAGUGACUAUUCCCCCAAUAGCGAAAAAGAAUUUCGAGCAGCACUCCAAGUCGUAAAAAAAAGGCACUUCCGAGUUGUUUGUUCCCAAAACAAAAACAAAAAUUAAUUAUAUAAUUUGUUAAUUACAUGUAAUUUUUAAUUUUUUUAAUGACAGUGAAUUGGAAUAUUACUUAAGUUUUUUUAAUGAAUUUAUUAUUAAUUAUAUUAUUUAUCUCACUAAAGACUAUCAAUGUACCUGCAGAAUGAAAUAUUUAUUUUUAUGUUUUAUAGAAUAAAACACUAAUACUUAUAGUACAUUA